GAUGGCGUGCAGAACUGGAAGGGCCUUGUUGGACUGCAAGAAUCCAGAGAUGGCGGACCAUUUACUCAAGCAGGCCAUCGAGAGUGUGGAAACGUUAGUCACUCUGCUGACAUCCAGAGGGGGCGACACGUCGGACAGCGACUCAUCCAAAAUGGACGCAGAGAAAGACCUGCUGCGGAUCCUCUCCUAUCAGGCAGAAUCGGCUUUCAUUCAAGGGAGUCACCAAGAAGCUGUGGCCCAUGUGCAACGUUGCAAAGACAUGUUGCUUCGCCUACCCGCUCAGACGAGUUUGCUGUCCAUAAUGUGCUACAACUUUGGAAUUGACGGCUACCACGCUCAAAAGUUUGAAGACUGUACCUUCUGGUUACGGCAGAGCUAUGAUAUCAGCAAGAUUCAUGAGAAAUAUGGUCUUGAAGCCCAGAUUCAGGCCAAGACUUUGCGUCUGCUGGCCACUGCUUAUCUGGACUGGGACGUUCAGAGGUUUCACAAAGAGGCCCUUAAUGCCGUGGAUUUAGCCAACAAGGAAUGUGUGAGCGCCUUCGGGCUCUUUUUAAAGAUCAAAAUACUCCUGAGAUCCGGGGCCUCGGAUGAAAGCAUCACAGCGGGUCUGGAUGAGAUGCUACAAUCUGACGUUUCACUUCAAGUUUGCCUCACUACAGUCAAGUUCCUCCUGUCUGAAAGCAGAGAGGCGCCAGCUUUAGACCUUUUAAAUCGUGCCUGUCAGCAGUUUGAGUCAUCUCCCGCCUUGGAAACCGCUCUCGUCCUGCACGUCGAGCUCCUGCUGCAAAGAGACAAAAAGCUGCUGGGCAAGCAGAAGAUAGAGGACCUCAUCACCGCGCAUUCCUCGGGAAAAAAGCUGGCACCGCAGGACCUCAUAAGCCUCCACGCAAUGUUGUGGGAUCAAGCAGCAAAAUAUGUUGAGGCAGACGACUACUCCGAGGCACUGGAGUGGUACAACUACUCCCUGGGUUUCUUCCAGGUUGGAGGGAUGGACUCCAACUUGGCCAAAUUGCAGAGGAACAGAACUUUCUGCUUCAUGCAACUGAAGCAGCUGGAAAAGGCCAAAGAAGCCGUGAAUGAGGCGGAACGCUGCGACCCUGACAGCAUUUUCACGCAAUUCAGUAUUUACAAGAUAGCGAUGCACGACGACGAUGUGGAGAGAGCGGCCAAGGCAGUGAACACGAUGGCGCUUCUGUCCAAGGAUCUCAAAGAGGCCGGACCCUUGUCCGAGAACGCCACAUCCAGCCUCCUCUGCCAGGCUGCUCAGAUGGCCUUGGAGAAUAAACAGAAUGACAUGGCCAUGAAGGUCCUGGAAAAUGUGUGUGAAACCUCCAAAGAUGAAGCUCUGGUUCUGAAGGCUCUCAGGUGCCUGGUUCGACUCGCACUCACGGCCAUAGAAGCCCCCAAUGAUGAGAAAAGGAACGACAAUACGGACGCGCUGCUGCCUUAUUUAAAGAUGGCGCUGCAGAAGCUUUCACAACGGCUGUGCUUGACAGCCGAACAACGCACGGAAGAAGCCAACUGGUUCAGGAAAAUCGCUUGGAAUGCAGCACUGCAGUGUGAGAGCAACCCGGACAGAAUGCGGGAUUUCUUUCUGCUUUCUUACCAGCUGUGCCAGAUGUGUAGUCCCGAGCGCGUCAUUCUCACGGCCCAGAAGAUGUGUUUGCUCAUGGCCGUUGCCGCCGCUCUUCAGUUCUACAGGGCCGCUCCUCACGCCGGCCGGACACAAGAUCUCAGUCAGGCGCUGGCGCACAUUGCCUUAUGUGCAGAGGUGUGGAAAACCCUAAAGGCAACAGGAAGUUACCCGCGGGAUCCAACAGACACGCUGCUGCUGCUCUAUGAGUUUGAGGCACGCGCCAAACUCAACGACCCCAAAGUGGCCAGUGUCUUGGACUCCAUCCUGGAGCAGGACAAUGUGGAGCUCAAACUACUGCAGACCAUUGCAGCAUUAGCCAUGGAGCCUCCAGCCCACUUCCCUCUGCUAUGCAAGAAGGCCCUGAGGGUGGCGCUGUCUAUUCACAAGAAACAACCUCAGGAGGACCCGGCGCAGUGCAGCAAGUGCAUCCACAGCCUCAUCAAGCUUUCCCUGCCCACCGGCGCGUCCCAAAUGGAGGCCCGCCUGCUGGACGAGGCCUGGGACUACUACGAGGAGGCGCUGGCCAUCAUCCCCGCCGCCCCGGACAGCUUUCCGGAGACACAGAUCAUGUGGCUGCUGACCCGCGCCUGGAACACGGGCAUCCUGCUCUACAGCCUGGCGCGCUACAUGGAGGCGAAUAAGUGGUGCUUGUUGGCCAUGAGGUUCGUGCACCACUUGGGACCCCUGCAAGACAGCUACAAGACGCAGAUGUCCCAGCUCUACAACAAAAUCCUGGAGCGUCUGGAAUAAUAAGCACUCUGGUUAGUCACAUUUGUUAACUGUUACACAAAAAAUAAUAAUAAAAAUACAUUGUUGGACACAAGGGCAAUGUUUG